GAAUUCAUGGCCCCGAUUUUGCAGUUGCAAUUAUUAAGGUCAUACUAAACACUCAUAUUUCAGAAAAUAUCACUGAAAUACAGAAAAAGUAUAUAAAUGAAUUAGUAAAUGAUAUAAAAAAUAAGAAACAAGAAUCUUUUGGAUUAUUUGAAGCAUUAAAUGAUAAUGAUUUUCAAGAACAAUUUUUGGCCUUUUCACAAUCUAUCUACGCCGAAUUACCUAAUUACCCAUUAAUACACGAUUUUAUUAAAUACCGAAUUUGGCCCAUAAUUGUUCAUCAACAACAUCUUGAGGGUAUGUUCAACAAAUAUGAUCUUAAAACACAUCCCAAUAUGUCUAUUAACCUACAAGAAUCAAGAAUGCAACUAUCAGAACCCAAACCUCUCGAAAUUUCACUUACUCAAGAAAAACUAUCAGAAAUUCGUUUAAAAAAUAAACGAAAAAGAACUAUUAUUGAAAAUAAUUCGAUUAAUAAUGAGGAAUCUGCAACUGAAAUACUUCAAAG